AUGCCAACCACCACGACUUCACACGCUAUGCGUGUUUAUAUCCUUGCGAUUGUGACCUCUAUGGGUGCUUUCAUGUUCGGAUACGAUCUGGCUUUCAUCGGAACUUCCAUCGAGUUGAAGCCUUUCAAGAGGGACUUCGGGCUCCUUGGCGCAUCUCAAUCUGCCCAGAACGCCUUUGCAGCUAACGUAGUCUCGUUGCUACAAGCCGGGUGCUUCUUUGGAUCGCUAGCUGCCGCACCCGUGGGAGACAAAUUCGGUCGACGUAUUGCGUUGGCCACCGGGGCAGUAUGCUUCAUCGCUGGAUCGGUUAUGCAGGUUGCUUCAUCUGGCAGCCAGACGGUGAUGUUUGUCGGCAGAUUGGUUGGCGGAUUAGGUGUUGGAGCUGCUAGCAUGCUUGUACCUUUGUACACUGCCGAGUGCGCUCCACCCGAGAUUCGUGGUCGACUAGUAGGAAUCUAUGAGAUCGGAGUCCAGCUGGGCACCUGCUUGGGGUUCUGGAUAAACUUCGGCGUGGAGCAACACAUGGCACCCACGUCUGCACAGUGGAUGACGCCAUUUGCUCUCCAACUGAUUCCCGGCGGCCUCUUGCUGAUCGGUCUCUGGUUUAUGCCGGAGUCACCUCGUUGGAUGGCUAAAGCUUACGGUAGAUCUCGAGUAAUCGAGGUUCUAUCACUUCUUCGCAGUCUGCCCGUUGAUCAUCCGGAUCUUCAGCAUGAAGCUGACGACAUCUUUCAACAACUUGAGCUCGAGCGAGCCGUCAGUCCGGACGGUGCAUUGUCAUCUGUCAAGGAGCUGAUGCAACCGGGGAUUCGGUACCGCGUGUUCUUGGGUGUGGUCAUCAUGAUUUUCUUCCAAAUGGCGGGUUCGAAUGCCAUCAACUACUACUCUCCUCGCAUUUUCAAGUCCAUUGGACUCACUGGAACCAAGGCCACUUUGGUGUCCACGGGUAUCUAUGGCAUCGUCAGAGUGGUGGCAGUUUUCUUUGCCAUGUAUUUCGUGGUCGAUCGAUUUGGUCGGAAGCCCAUGUUGAUCUUCGGUAGCGCCGUGAUGGCAAUCUCCAUGUGGUUGACCGGGGCCUUCGUGAAGAUACAAGAGACUGAUGUGAAGACUGGAAGUUCGAUGAGUGGGACAUCUUACGCGGCAGCUGUGUUCAUUUACGUGUUUGCAGUCGCCUUCUGCUUCAGUUGGGCCGGAGUCCCGUGGAUCAUCUGCUCCGAAAUUUACCCACUGCGAGUACGUGGGCUUGCAGUCAGUGUGUGUGUAGCAACCCACUGGCUGUUCAACUUCGUGCUUGCAAGAAGCGUGCCGUACAUGAUCUCGAACAUCACAUUCGGGACGUACUUUUUCUUUGCUGCCUGUACCACGCUGUCGAUACCUUUUGUCUGGUUCAUGAUCCCGGAGACAAAGGGGUUGUCUCUGGAGGAAGUCGACACCGUGUUUGAAGACCGAAUCUUCAGUCUUCGCCCGCGAACUUCGUCGUUCAGACAAGACGCUCCUGAGCAGAAAGCUGCGGUUGAACAGAUUGAGACUGUAUAG